GGAGAGAGAGAGAGAGAGAGAGAGAGAGAGAGAGAGGGAGAGAAAGAGUGAGUGAGUGAGUGAGUGAGAGAGAACGAUAAGAUUCGAAGCGGGUGUGGGGUAAAGGGAGAAAAAGGGUAAAAAGAGGAAGAGAAAAGAAAGAUCAGCAGGAUUUUCUCCAGCGAGCGCGCGCUGACAAACGCUUGUGGCUGCUGGUACCGCGAGGACGCGGAUCCUUUGCAACGGGUCCUCGAUAGCGCGUCGCGCACUCCCGCGGGCGGCGCGAAAUUAUGAAGCGCAUAAAGUGCGCCCUACUAGCUGCCGCAGCUGCCGCUGAUUGUGAUAGCCGCCGGUGAAUGUGUGACCCGGGGGCAGCAGAGAUCCGCCGGGAUGACGACCGAAUGGAUGACCGAGCAGCCCCCGGUUAUAGACGACUGCCUCAAGGACCGGAAAUGGUGGUGCUUCCUGCUGUCGAGCAUCUUCACCUUCCUCGCCGGGCUGCUGAUAGUGCUCCUCUGGCGCGCGUUCGCCUUCCUCUGCUGUCGCAAGGAACCGGAGGUUUGCCCAAAUGACCCGAAGCAGAAGGAGCAGAAGACGGCCCGCCAGGGCAAGGAGUUCGAGGGGACUUUUAUGACCGAGGCCAAGGACUGGGCCGGCGAGUUGAUUUCCGGACAAACCACCACUGGACGUAUUCUGGUGGUGUUAGUUUUCAUUCUCAGUAUAGCAUCGCUUAUAAUAUAUUUCAUCGAUGCCUCCAGCGAAGAGGUGGAGCGUUGCCAGCAGUGGAGCAACAACAUUACUCAGCAGAUAGACUUAGCUUUCAAUAUAUUUUUUAUGGUCUACUUUUUUAUACGCUUUAUCGCCGCCAGUGACAAGCUGUGGUUCAUGCUGGAGAUGUAUUCGUUCGUGGACUACUUUACGAUACCACCGUCCUUCGUGUCGAUAUAUCUCGAUCGGACGUGGAUCGGUCUGAGGUUUCUCCGAGCCCUACGACUGAUGACGGUCCCUGACAUCCUCCAGUACCUCAACAUUCUAAAAACAUCGAGCUCUAUUCGUCUCGCCCAACUCGUAUCCAUCUUCAUCUCCGUCUGGCUGACCGCUGCUGGCAUCAUUCAUUUGCUUGAAAACUCAGGGGACCCUUUCGAGUUCGUGAACCCGCAACAGCUUUCGUACUGGACCUGCGUGUACUUUCUGAUCGUGACGAUGUCCACGGUAGGAUAUGGCGACGUUUUCUGCCAGACGGUCCUCGGCCGCACAUUCCUAGUAUUUUUUCUACUCGUCGGUUUGGCAAUUUUUGCUAGUAGCAUACCCGAGAUAAUAGAGCUCGUAGGCAAUAGGUCCAAGUACAGCGGCGAGUACAAGCGGGAGCAUGGAAAGAGACAUAUUGUUGUGUGCGGCCACAUCACCUACGAAUCGGUCUCGCACUUUCUCAAGGAUUUCCUGCACGAGGAUCGCGAGGACGUCGACGUAGAGGUUGUCUUCUUACAUAGGAAACCGCCUGAUCUCGAACUGGAGGGACUGUUCAAGCGGCACUUCACCACCGUGGAGUUCUUUCAGGGAACCAUCAUGAACCCGAUUGACCUACAGCGGGUUAAGGUCCACGAGGCAGACGCGUGUUUGGUACUGGCGAACAAGUACUGUCAGGAUCCGGACGCGGAGGACGCGGCGAACAUCAUGCGCGUCAUCUCCAUCAAGAACUAUUCGGACGACAUUCGCGUUAUCAUUCAAUUAAUGCAGUAUCACAACAAGGCCUACUUACUAAACAUUCCAUCGUGGGACUGGAAGCAGGGGGACGACGUCAUAUGUCUGGCGGAGCUGAAACUGGGUUUCAUCGCGCAGUCCUGCCUUGCGCCCGGCUUCAGCACAAUGAUGGCCAAUCUCUUUGCCAUGCGUUCCUUCAAGACGAAAUGGUUGGUUGAUUGGUACCAGUCGCCCGAUAUGCAGGCUUGGCAGAAUGACUACCUGCGUGGAACCGGAAUGGAGAUGUACACCGAGACACUGAGCCCUACCUUCAUUGGAAUGCCCUUUGCGAAAGCCACUGAGUUGUGCUUCACGAAACUGAAGCUCCUGCUACUGGCCAUCGAGAUAAAGGGCGAAGGAGGCUCCGACAGUAAGAUCUCGAUUAACCCACGUGGUGCCAAGAUCGCUGCAAAUACUCAGGGAUUCUUCAUUGCUCAAUCUGCUGACGAAGUGAAGCGAGCGUGGUUCUAUUGCAAAGCAUGCCACGAGGAAAUUAAAGACGAGACUCUGAUCAAGAAGUGCAAGUGCAAAAAUUUGGGGCAGCAGCAGCGCUCCUGGGGCCGGGACUUAGUGGCCACAUUCCGGAAAGGCGUUCGGGCUGUUCAAAUGGUUGGAAGAGCAAGUGAAGACCUCUCGUACUACGCAAACGACCACCAUCCUCCUCCCACAUUCACUCCGCCAGAACUGCCCAAGAUGGUUCACGUAAGAGGUGAAAUCCGUGAACGAGGAGAUGAUCCAAAUGCCUUGAGAAAUCAUCGGAACUCCGUCGGGAUGCCCAUGAUGAACUCGACGAAGCAGAUCAACAAGGUGAAGCCGAAUGUGAAUCGAGCGACGAACGACAGCCUUUCCAGUCCGAAUCAGCCGUAUAAUCAGAGAUCGCAAGAGGAGUCCGCAUACGCUGGCUACCAUCUCGCCUACGAAGUCAAAAAGCUCAUGCCAACGAGCAGAGCCUCGGCUGGCACAAACGUCAACAACAACAGCGGUCUUCAGGUCGGGAUCGCUGACGAUCAGGCAAAGGAUUUCGACUUCGAGAAGACAGAGAUGAAAUAUGACUCGACGGGGAUGUUCCACUGGAGCCCCUCGCGCAACCUCGAAGACUGUAUAUUGGAUCGUAAUCAGGCGGCGAUGACAGUCCUGAACGGACACGUCGUCGUUUGUCUGUUCGCCGAUCCCGAUUCGCCCCUCAUCGGACUGAGAAACCUUGUCAUGCCAUUACGAGCUUCCAAUUUUCAUUACCACGAGCUUAAACACGUAGUGAUAGUUGGGUCGGUGGACUACAUACGCCGCGAGUGGAAGAUGCUGCAGAAUCUGCCGAAGAUAUCGGUUCUAAAUGGUUCGCCGCUAAGUAGAGCCGAUUUGCGUGCCGUUAAUGUGAAUCUGUGCGACAUGUGUUGCAUCCUGUCGGCAAAAGUGCCUAGCAAUGAUGACCCCACCCUCGCCGACAAGGAGGCCAUCCUCGCGUCCCUCAAUAUCAAGGCUAUGACUUUCGACGAUACAAUCGGCGUGCUUAACCAAGCAGAUAAUGAGCAAGGUAAUUUAACCGCAGUUGGCAGCCCGAUCGUCUUGCAGCGGCGGGGAUCCGUUUAUGGAGCGAAUGUGCCAAUGAUUACAGAGCUUGUAAACGACAGCAACGUGCAGUUCCUUGACCAGGACGACGACGAUGACCCGGACACGGAGCUCUACCUCACACAACCGUUCGCUUGCGGCACUGCCUUCGCAGUCAGCGUAUUGGAUUCCCUCAUGUCGACGACAUACUUCAACCAAAACGCGCUGACUCUGAUUCGGUCAUUGAUCACCGGUGGAGCUACACCCGAGUUAGAACUGAUCCUGGCUGAAGGGGCAGGUUUAAGAGGAGGUUACAGCACCGCAGACAGUCUGGCCAAUAGAGAUCGAUGUCGCGUUGGUCAGAUCGCGUUGUACGACGGGCCAUUGGCUCAGUAUGGCGAGGGAGGCAAGUACGGUGACCUCUUUGUCGCAGCAUUAAAGUCGUUCGGAAUGCUGUGCAUUGGUCUGUACAGGUACAGGUUUCGAGACACUAGCUCGUCGUGCGACGCAUCUUCCAAGCGAUAUGUGAUCACGAAUCCACCCGAUGACUUCACACUGUUACCCACAGAUCAGGUUUUCGUGCUGAUGCAGUUCGAUCCGGGUCUUGAGUAUAGGCCGAGCAGAGGCGCCCGUGGCAAGGACGACUCCUCCUGAUUGUUGCUGUGUAGCGCCCUCACCGACGGACCAUAUUCCUACAUCUAAUCACGCGUUAGAUGCCAUCGUGCCGCCCGUCGUCCCUGCGACUGUCCCGUCUUCGAGAGAGAAGACGCAACCAUCGCCGUGUGACAUUGCGCAUCAUCGAUGAGUUAUCGCGCGAGACAUUUUGCAAAACGGAUCGCAGCCACGUUCGUUUCUCCGAUCAAUCGAGAUGAUCUGCUUGUUCGCUAAUUCGAUCGCUCCUCGAGAAUUUCGUUUUUCACAUCGAGUCGUAUGUCUCGCGGUUGAUGCGCAAUCGCAAGAACGAAGACUCGGAAGCCUAAAGCAAACGAUUAUCCGCAUCAAAGUAAGAAGAUCGGAGAAGAGGAACGAAGAGGACGCGAAAGGGACAACGGAAAGUGGCAUGAUGCUGUGCGGUCCGAGGGUAGCUACACGAUUCUCUCUCUCUUUUCUUAAUUUUUGAACUAAAAACAAUCGUCUUCGCCCCAAAGACGCUGAUGUAAAGGACUGAAUCAGACACUUCGCAAAGCGUAUCACUGUGUUAUUACAAAAAAACAAAAACAAAAAAAAAAACAAAAAAACACCUCUCGCCGGCCCUUCACGGAAGGAAGAAAACGGAGGGAGGAAAACAUAGCUUAAAGUUUAGCACGUGGCUUAGCCUCAAAUCGGGCGCUGUGGAAUUGCAGUAUCCUGCGCGUUACGGGACGGAAGAAUGACUCGCCGUCGUUAGUAAUGUUGUUUUCGGCACGUGUCGAUGUUUAACGUACAAUACGUGACCCGUAAGAUUGCAAUCCCAUUGUUCGAACGAGAACGAUGAGGAAAACGACGAGACGACCGGAAGUCGUGGUGGCGGUAAUGGAAAAGAAAGAAGAGAGACACCCUGAGAGGUGGUUCCCGAGAGAUUCUCUCUCGUCGCGACACAUCGACGAGUCAUCUUUCACAAGUGUCGCCAUCCUCGCCGCGAAUCGACAACCGGGAUGAGAAAUGUAGUGUCGGACUACUUACGCGCAACACUUACCUCGUGUGUCUUGUUUUAUGACUAAUGAAACGAAAAAAAGAAAAAUCUCAAUCAAGCACUUUCUACAGGUUCUAUAUAUAUAUAUGUAUAUACACAUAUACAUAUAUAGGUAACUUACGAGAUAAAGUACCCUUUUCCACACAACUAAGUAUAAAAAAA